AGUUUGAUGGCCUCCAUUGGCCUCAGUCCUAAAACCCUACCGUCACGAUGUCUCAGUCGGAGAGCAAGAAGAAGAAGGAGCGCAGCAGCAGCAAGAAGGAAGAGGACCAAGCAGGCAAAGAUGAGGGGUUGAUGAUAAAGCCUCAGAGCUUCACUCCCCCCAUCGAUACCUCCCAAUGGCCCAUCCUUCUCAAAAACUACGAUCGCCUUAACGUACGCACCGGCCACUACACCCCCAUCCCCUCCGGCUACUCCCCCCUCAAACGCCCCCUCCCCGAAUACCUCAAAUACGGCGUCAUCAACCUCGACAAGCCCGCCAACCCUUCCUCCCAUGAGGUUGUCGCCUGGAUCAAGCGCCUCCUCCGUGUCGAGAAGACCGGCCAUUCCGGUACCCUCGACCCCAAGGUCACCGGCAACCUCAUCGUCUGUAUUGACCGCGCCACUCGCCUCGUCAAGUCCCAGCAGGGUGCCGGCAAGGAAUACGUCUGCAUCGCCCGCCUUCACUCCGCUGUUCCCGACGUCUCCAAGGUCGGACGCGCCCUCGAGACCCUCACUGGCGCCGUCUUCCAGCGCCCGCCCUUGAUCUCUGCCGUCAAACGGCAACUCCGCAUCCGGACCAUCUACGAAAGUAAGCUCCUUGAGUAUGACCCUGAUAGGCACUUAGUUGUUUUCUGGAUUUCGUGUGAGGCUGGGACCUAUGUUAGGACUAUGUGUGUCCAUUUGGGGUUGCUUCUUGGUGUGGGUAGCCAUAUGCAAGAGCUUAGGAGGGUUCGGUCUGGGAUCAUGGGGGAGAAGGAUAACAUGGUGAGCAUGCAUGAUGUCAUGGAUGCCCAGUGGGUUUUUGAUAAUUUUAGGGAUGAGAGUUAUUUGAGGAGGGCUGUUAUGCCCUUGGAAGUUCUUUUGACUAGCUAUAAGAGGCUGGUUGUUAAGGACUCUGCUGUCAAUGCUAUUUGCUAUGGUGCUAAGUUGAUGAUUCCUGGGUUGCUUAGGUUUGAGAAUGAUAUUGAUGUUGGGGAGGAGGUUGUGCUUAUGACCACCAAGGGGGAGGCUAUUGCUCUUGGGAUUGCUGAGAUGACUACUGCUGUUAUGGCCACUUGUGAUCAUGGGGUUGUGGCCAAGAUCAAGAGGGUUGUCAUGGAUAGGGAUACUUAUCCAAGGAAAUGGGGUUUGGGACCAAGAGCUUCCAUGAAGAAGAAGCUUAUUUCUGAAGGGAAGCUGGAUAAGCAUGGGAAGCCCAAUGAAAAGACUCCCCAGGAGUGGCUUAGGAAUCUUGUUUUGCCCACCGGUGGGGAUAGUGUGAUUGCUGGUAUGGCUGCUGCGCCGGAACCUGAGGAUGAGAAGGUCAAGAAGGACGGAGACGGGGAAGGACGGAAGAGGAAGAAGCAUGAAAGCACUGAUAGCCCAGUUUCGGUCUCUGUUAAGAAGGCGAAAGUGGAUGUAGAAGAGGUAAAGGUAAAGAAUGUAGCUGAUGAGGCUGUGGAGGUUGAAGUUGACAAGAAAGAGAAGAAGAAGAAAAAGAAGAAGGAUAAGGAUAACAGUGAAGUGGCCUCUUCUGAUGAGGAGAAAACAACGGAGAAGAAGAAGAAGCACAAGGAUAAGGCUGAAGACGGUUCGCCGGAGUUAGACAAGUCUGAGAAGAAAAAGAAGAAAAAGAAAGACAAAGAAGCUGCUGCUGCUGCAGAAAUUAGCAAUGGAAAGGAGGAUGACGGUAGUGCUGAUAAGAGUGAAAAGAAGAAGCAUAAGAAAAAGAAAAACAAAGAUGCCGAGGACGAAUAGAGGAAACCAUAUUUUUGUGUUUGUUUACUAUGUAAUGCUUAUUUAUCUUGAUCUUUUAAAUUUUCGCAUUGAAUUAGUGUAUUGUUGGUCAACAUUUUGGUAGUUUUUCUUAUGUUUUUUCUCUUAACUUUUCCAUCAACUGUGUUUAUGGAAACGUGUAGUAUGCAUAAUCUUCUUUAGCGAUUAAUAGAUCUCCUACAAUUUCUCCGAAA